AUGGCCGACACAGAAUUCGUCAGCUCCACGGAGCAACAACAAUCCCCCCCUACAGAAUCCGUCCUCCCUCCCACCAAUGAAUCCGAAAUCGAAACCGCCCUCACAGUCGCCGGCGGCGGCGACGAAACAGCCCUCGUCGAAGCCGACGGCCAAAAGAAGACCAAAAAGAUCAUCCGACGAAAGCGCCGACCUGCCCGGCCCCAGAUCGACCCGGCGACCAUCAAAUCCGAGCCGCCGCCACAGACUGGAACGACGUUCAACAUCUGGUAUAAUAAAUGGUCUGGCGGCGACCGCGAGGACUCGUUAUUGUCGAAACAUGCGGCGCCGUCGCGUUGCAACGUCGCUAAGGAUAGUGGAUAUACGAGGGCGGAUAAGGUGCCUGGGUCGUAUUUCUGUUUGUUCUUUGCGCGCGGUAUCUGUCACAAAGGUCACGAAUGCGAAUACCUCCACCGCCUCCCAACCCUACACGACCUCUUCAACCCCAACGUCGACUGCUUCGGCCGCGACAAAUUCAGCGACUACCGCGACGACAUGGGCGGCGUGGGUUCCUUCAUGCGACAGAACCGCACGCUCUACGUCGGCCGAAUCCACGUCACCGACGACAUCGAAGAAGUGGUGUCUCGCCAUUUCGCCGAAUGGGGCCAGAUCGAGCGCAUCCGGGUCCUGACCUCGCGGGGCGUCGCGUUCAUCACGUACUCGAACGUCGCGAAUGCCGAGUUCGGCAAGGAGGCCAUGGCCCACCAGUCUUUGGAUCAUAGCGAGAUCUUGAACGUGCGCUGGGCGACGGCCGAUCCGAACCCGCUGGCGCAGAAGCGUGAGGCGCGGAGACUGGAGGAGCAGGCUGCUGAGGCGGUGAGGAGGGCGUUGCCGGCGGAUUUUGUGGCGGAGUUGGAAGGGAAGGAUCCCGAGGCGAGGAAGAGGAAGAAGAUUGAGGGGAGCUUUGGAUUGCAGGGGUAUGAUGCCCCUGAUGAGGUGUGGUAUACGAGGACGAAGCAGCUGGAGGAUGCGGGGAGAGCUGGGGCCGGCCAGUUGGAGGCGCCUGAUCAGUCGCUGAUGAUUGAGGCUGCGGCUGCUCAGGAAGUCCCGACGCAGGAAUCGACGGGCGGUGGGAUUUUCUCCAGCUCGACGGUGGCGGCGUUAAGGGGGCUCUCUGGAGGAAAUGUCACGACAAAGCCGGCUCCUCAGGCGUCGGGCCCUCUAGUGGGCUAUGGUAGUGAUGAUGACAGCGACUAG